GGAGGAGAAGUUCUCGAUCUCUGCGGCAAACCCCGAACCGCUUAGUCGAAAAUAUUCGGAGAAAUGCAGCAGGCCGCUGGACCACCGCCGGCUCGGGAGCCGGGAGAUGCGCCGCCGAAGCAGGUGGCGCAAGCGCUGGAACAGUUGGGCCAGGCGGGGCGGCUAAUAGCGGAUGUGCGGCUCGGCGCGGAUCGGAUGCUGGAAGCGUUGUUCUUCGUGGCGGAGGAGCCUCAUCACCAGCACUCUGCUAAGUGCUUGAAUUUGGUCCUCAAGGAAGAAUCGUUGAUGCGGCAGCACCUCCAGAACCUCCGGGUUAUUGGAAAGCAGCUGGAGGAAUCUGGAGUUUUGAAUGAUUCUCUUCGUUCAAGAAGCAAUUCUUGGGGCCUCCACAUGCCUCUGGUUUGUCCUGAUGGUGCUGUGGUGGCAUAUGCAUGGAAGCGCCAGCUUGCAGGUCAGGCUGGUGCGUCUGCUGUCGACAGGACUAGAUUGGCUCUUAAAGCAUUUAGAGAUCAAAAACGGCGAUUUUUCCCCCACCUCACAGAUGAUUCUGCUGUCGAAUCAGCAAACAAGAAACACCGCAGCCCUUGGCCAAUAUCUCAAGAGCUUGGUGAUCUGAAAACUUUGGCUGAUAUCUUGUCAAACCUAGAGAAAGAAGUUCCCAAUCUGCAAGCAUUCACUUAUCCCAGAUUGGAGUGGUUGAAACGAGCAUCAUCAUUGCCGUCUACUGCUAAUGACAACUCCUCUGACUUAUCUAAAGACCACAGCUUCUCUAGUGCAAGCAAAUGGAAACAAGACUCAAUAUCGAUGCAAACUACGGAUAAAGCUGCUGUGAUUGAGUUACUUUCCCCUUCUGUAUUCAGAGCAGUAGUAUCGUUACAUACAGCAGGAUCAAUGGAUCCUGAUGCAGUAGCAUUCUUUUCUCCGGAUGAGGGUGGCAGCCACUUACAUGCAUGGGGCUUUUCAUCACACCAUGUUUUUAAGCAUGUAUCGGAACAUGCUUCUAUGGCUUUGCAAUACUUUACUUGGGCAAAGCCCGAAACAGCCCUUCACUUGUUGAUGCACUGGAUUUGCAGCUACCAAACAUUAUUCAUCAAAGUGUGCAGCAAGUGUGGGAAGCUUCUGUCAAUGGACAAACAAUCAGGCUUGAUACUACCUCCUGUUAAACGCCAAUUUCGCCAUUUCAGUGUUGGCAAAACUUCAACAAGAAGCGAAAACAGCAUCAGUGAUCAUGUUCAAGCUUUUCACAUCGGAUGCUUUUCAGAUGAAGCAUAGGUCUGCCCUGUUUAGAUUUAAUAUGUUCUGAAUCUGUUUGUAGAUUAUAGAAUUAUAUGUCUGUGUAGCUGUAUUUCAUCUUUCCUAUUUCAAAUGUAGAAUUCCCCUUGAAUUUUAUCUCCAUUUCUUAUAAUCUUCUACAUAUAUUAUCAGAAACUUUAUUUUCCUC